AUGUCGGAGGGCUUCGAAUCCGAGGGGAAGCCCACGGUCGCGCCCGCCGCCGCCGCCACGACCACGCCGCCGCCGCCGCGCCGGCCGGACGCCGCCGCCGUGGGCGCGGCGCGGGUGGGGCCGGGCGCGGGCUGCGCCAACUGGGCGGAGUUGGCCGUGGGGCCCCCGGCCCACGACGAGGUCGCGUGCGCACUCAGCUGCAGCACCGCCCCGGGCUGCGCCCUCUGGAACUUCCGGGCCUCCGAGGGCGGCGGCUGCCACGACGUCGGCGUCUCGAGCUGCGUCCUCCUGCCCGCGGACCUGUGGGCCGCAGGCUCGCGCUGCGUGUACCAGGAGAGCCCGUGCUGGGACCUCCGCACGCACCCCGGUGCGCUGCCCGCCUCCAGACUGGAGCCGGCUGGGCGGCCAAGGCUGGUCGCGUUCGCAGAAGCCCGCCGGCGCACCUGCUUGGACGACUCUGGCUGGAAGAUCGCAGUGUCCCACAGCGACGACUCUGGCAAGACUUGGUCGAGCGCGAGCUUCGCGACAGAAGGGAAGUACGCGCGAAGGUUCAACCCGUAUUCCAUCGCGCUCCACAGCGGAAAGAUAGUACUAUUGUACGGAGCUGCAACGGCAGCUGGACAGCAUCGCAUCGGCAUGGUCCACAGCGUCACCGACGGCGAGACCUGGAGCGCGGAAGCGGACGUCAGUGAUCAGUUCGGCUCUGCGAGCCUCUCGAACCCUGGCCCGGGCACGGGCAUCACCGUGAGCAUGCCGGGCGGCGGGGAGCGGCUGUUCGUAGUCUCGCACCGGGGAGCGUACAGGUACGUGAGCGUCACGGUCAGCGACGACGAGGGCCUCACCUGGAGGACACUCAACACGAGCUUCCCCGCCAUGGACGAGAGCACGAUCGCCAGCCUGGGUGGCGGGGAGCUCCUCCUGGCCAUGCGGCACGAGGAGAUGGGCACCGAGGGCCGCGCUGCGUCGCGGUCCUCCGACCUCGGAGUCACGUGGAGCCCGAUCGAGUACAACCGCGAGCUGCCGAGCGCCAUCUGCCAGGGGCAGCUGCUGCACCACGACGGCGCGCUGUACUUCUCAGGGCCCCUGGCCAGCAAGCCCGGCAUGUUCUGGCGCCGCAGGUUCCUCGUCGUGCGCAGGAGCGACGACGGCGGCCGGAGCUGGUACGGCGACAGGCUCGUCCACCUGGCCGACAGCGCCGGGUACAGCACCAUGGCCCCGGUGACGAGCUCGACGCUAGGGGUGCUGUUCGAGACAGACCGGGGGAUCGAGUUUUCCACGGUUCGGGCUUGA